UUUGCUAGUACUACUGAGUAUUGCGAUCCGUUUGAUCUAGUUCACAUGGAUCUCUGGGGUCCGUCUUCGAUCACAUCUCGUUUGGGGUUCCGGUAUUUCGCUCUCUUUAUCCAUCAUGUCACGCGGUACACUUGGGUCUAUUUUUUUUACGCAAGAAGUCUGGUCUUUUGUCUGCUGCCCGGGAAUUUCUUUAGAUGAUUCGCACUCAAUUUGGUAAGCAGGUUAAGAUUAUUCUUUCUGACCCCAGAGGUGAGUUUACCUUGAACCCAUUACAAGAGCUUUUCCGGGAACAGGGUACUCUCGCGUAGCAAUCAUGUCUCGGUGUUUCGCAACAAAAUGGUCUGGUGGAAUGCAAACAUAGGCAUGUUCUGGAAUUAGUUCAUGCUAUUCUGUUCCACUCACAGAUUCCUUCUCGAUUAUGGGUCGAAAUUGUUCACACAGUGGUUUAUUUGGUCAAUUGUCAGAUAAUGCCGAUCUUUAAAUUAAGCAGUCCAUAGCAGGCCUUAUAUUUGAAGCUUCCUAACUACAAGUGGCUUCGGGUGUUUGGCUGUGUUUGCUAGGUCCUUCUUCCAGUGCGGGAACGUACCAAGCUCACUUCUAAAGCCGCCAAGUGUGUAUUAGUGGGGUACAACGAGAAACAUAAAGGCUAUGUGUGUUACAAUAUUGCGCAUCUGCGGAUUCGUAUUUCGUGUCAUGUGGUGUUUUUGGAGCAUUUAUUCCAUUAUGGGUCCUCACUGAGACGAGAUGAUCAUGAUUUGGAUUUUCUUCUUACCUUGCCGUCUUUCCCAGAAGAAGCUCCGACUCAAGGUAUCGACGCUGGGGAUGACUUCGAGGAUGGGCCGCAUUCCCCUCCCUCAUGAUCGUUCACGUCUAGUUCUGAAGCUUACAACUCUUCUGCGUCUUCCCACUCCUCCUUUACUUUGAGUUCUACUAGGUCAUCCUCUUCGCACUCGUGCCAUAAAGGGGCAGCCUCCGGCUCGGCAUGCGGAUUUCUUGGCUUAUUCUGCCCAGUCAGUUUUUGUUCGGGCCACUCACAAACAAGCUAAAGGACUCAACCAAUGGGAAAGAGCCAUGGAUGACGAGAAGGACGCACUCGAGCAUUGGACCGUCUCCCUGAGUAUUCUGUUAUUGGGAACAAGUGGGUCUAUACCCUUAAACUUUUGGCCGACGGUUCCAUUGAACGCCAUAGGGCGCUUGGUGGCACAGGGAUUCAAACAUGCAUUCGACAUAGAUUAUGACGAGACUUUCGCUCCUGUGGCAAAGAUGCAUACUGUUUGGAGCUUGCUUGCGGUUGCUUCCUUAAAAGGUUGGCCGUUACUGCAGUUGGAUGUUAAAAAUGCCUUUCUGCAUGGCGUGUUGGAAGAAACCAUCUACAUGGAGCGUCCACAAGGUUAUACGAAGGGCGAUCCUUCUCAGGUAUGCCGUCUUCGUUGCUCUUUAUAUGGUCUCAAACAGGCACCUCGUGCCUAGUUGGAGAAGUUUCAGUCUACGGUUAUUCAGGCAGGUUUGGUCCAGAGUGAGAAUGAUUCCUCCUUAUUUCUUCGGCGCAUUGAACGGGGUCUUACCGUUCUUCUCAUUUACUUGGUCUUGAAGUUGAACAACGUCCAGAGGGCUUGCUGGUGGGCAAACAGAAGUAUAUUAUUGAUCUAUUGAACAACGUCCAGAGGGCUUGCUGGUGGGCCAACAGAAGUAUAUUAUUCCUCCUUAUUUCUGCGGCGCAUUGAACGGGGUCUUACCAUUCUUCCCUGUUCCACUCCUAAAGAGUAGAAUCUCCGCCUUCUACAAUAUGAUGGGGAGUUUCUUCCUAAUGGCUCUCACUAUCGCAGUAUUGUGGGCAACCUGUUAUAUUAAGUUUACACCAGACCUGAUAUCUCUUAUGCAGUUCAGGUGGUGAACCAAUUCAUGACGGCCCCGCACACCCAUCACCUCACUGCUGUUCACCAUAUUCUGUGGUAUCUUAAGGGGACUCAUGACGUUGGUCUUUUCUUUCCCUCAGUCGACUCUCUUACUAUUGAAGCGUAUGCUGACGCUGAUUAUGAUGGUUGUCUUGACACUCGUCGUUUCACAUAAGGUUGGUGCAUUAAGUUCGGUUCUUCUUUUGUUUCAUGGCGCUGCAAGAAGCAAGAGAGGGUUGCGAAGUCCUCCACAGAGGCCGAGUAUCGUUCCAUGUCCGAAGUCGCCUCCGAGUUUGUAUGGCUGCGCAGGCUGCUGGCCGAUUUUGGUGUUGAAUGUAAGGUGUCGAUGCGUCUCUUUGCCAAUAAUACUAGUGUCAUACGGAUAGCGACGAAUAUGGUACUUCAUGACAGCACCAAACACAUUGAAGUUCAUGUCCACUAUAUUCGGCAGUUGGUAGCAAAAGGUCUCAUUACACUCUCCUACAUCACAUCGGAAGAUCAGACAAAGGAUUUACUAACCAAAGCUGUCUCCAAGGCUCGACAUUGGUAUCUGGCUCACAAAUUGAUGUUGCGACAACACCAUCAAUUUGAGGGAGGGUGUUGAUGUUGGUAUAUGUAUUUAGUAAUUAACCCAUUCAUCAGGACUUUUUCCAGAAAUACCACUGUUUAAAAAAAGAAUUCCAAAAAUACCACCUAACCCCAAAAAAUUCCAAAAAUACCACCAUUAUUCAAAAACCGCCACCCCACCCUGCGGCUUACAUGAAAACCGCUGGGCGGGGGUGCGGUUUUCUAUGCAAACCGCUGGGCUAAGGGGAGGUUAUAAAAACCUAUAAAAACUGGGUGGGGCGGCAGUUUUGGGCCAAACCGCCACCCCACCCAGCGGUUUGGUCCUUUUUUUUUAUCAACUCCUAACUUCGGCCGAAACUUCAAACGAACGUAACUUUGCACUCGUUAUCUGAUCAUAGCGAUUUCUUUUUUGAAUCCUAAUAACAUUUCGAGAUCUACAACUUUUACUAGGAUGAAAAUUUCAAAACAGGAAUUAGUUGUGGAUAUACGGGACCUUGGGAAUAACUUUACCUUUACUUUUCACAAAUCCCUGUACAUUUUGAAAUUAUGAUUAUCUUAAAAUUUGUAGAUCUUGAAAAGUUAUGCGGAAUAAAAAAAAUUCAUGACGUUCGGAUUUUGGAGCACAAAGUUAAGGCCGCCCAAAGUUUGACGAAAUAAAAAAAAGGCUCGUUCGGGGUAGCAAAUGACCUUUUUUUCGAGACGAAGGCGGGACCAAACCACCUAUGCCUGUUUGCGGCUUGCAAGAUCUCGAAAAGUUAUGCGAAAUGAAAAAAAAUUGCUACG